AGGGGGCUAGGUGGGGGGAAAGGGCUGUCUUCCUGAGCCAUGGGAGCUUAGAAUCUAGGGGAGAGACAGGGCCUGCCCAAGGGACCCUGACUGGGCACCAGGGAGGCCCUGCACCACGUACUGAGCAGAUAGAAGGGAGUAGAGUGUGCUUGUGAGAGGGGGUCUUCCAGGGGAAAGCAGGCUGGCCCUGGCAUGGAAAAGAAGAUGGAUCAAGCCCAGGUAAGGGAACCAUAGGAGACCCUUAUCCCCCAUGUCCCCUCCCUGCUUCUCCCAUCCCCUUCUCUGCCUCCUCUCUUCCCUGAACCCACAUAGCCUUUCCUUUAGGAACUGUGAUCUGGAAGCUUCCCUCCAGGUCGCUUCCUGGGGCUUGUGAGAAAGAGGCCAUGAUAGGGCCCCUAGGCCCAAAGCACUUGCCAAGUGAUGAAUGGCCCACCUGGGGUCAGGUGACACCUUUGUCCAGUCGUUGGUUACCUGGAGCAGGCCCACACUGUCCAAUUCCCACCCCGUGUCCUCAGCAUCCAGCACAGCUGGCCUUCCCUUGAUUUAGCCCCUCACCUGCUUCCUGGCUACUCUCUUCUCUCUGAUCCUUAGUGUUCCUGCCUGCAAAAUGGGCAAAUCACAGGCAGCCUAUUAACAGCAAAGACAAUAGGAAUUCCCCAGAAUGCUGCCUUGUGCUCACAGGUACACUCAAUUCGUCCAGCACUUCCUGGAGUCGGCUGAGGAGUUCUUCAUGCGUGGGUACCAGGUGCACUAUUAUGUCUUCACCCACAACCCUGCAGCCAUCCCUAGGGUGAUGCUGGGCCCCAGCCGGCUCCUCAGUGUCAUCCCCAUCCUGGGGCACUCCCACUGGGAGGAGAUCUCUAUGCGCCGCAUGGAGACCAUCAGCAAACACAUCGCCCAGAGGGCGCACAGGGAGGUGGACUACCUCUUCUGCUUCAACGUGGACAUGGUGUUCCAGAACCCAUGGGGCCCUGAGACCUUGGGGGACCUGGUGGCUGCCAUUCACCCAGCCUACUAUGCUGUACCCCGCCAGCAGUUCCCCUAUGAGCGCAGGCAUAUUUCUACCGCCUUUGUGGCAGACAGCGAAGGGGACUUCUAUUACGGUGUGGGUGUCUUCGGGGGACAGGUGGCCAGCGUAUACGAGUUUACCAGUGGCUGCCACAUGGCCAUCCUGGCAGACAAGGCCAACGGUAUCAUGGCAGCCUGGCAGGAGGAGAGCCACCUGAACCGCCGCUUCAUCUCACACAAGCCUUCCAAGGUUCUAUCCCCCGAGUACCUCUGGGAUGGCAGGAAGCCCCAGCCACCCAACUUGAAGCUCAUCCGCUUUUCUGCACUGGAUAAGGACUCCAUCAGCUGGCUGAGGAGCUAACAUCAGAGCCAGGCCACUGGGGACGGGGACCCAUAGCCCUCUGGCCACUGCAGCAAAGCUUCAAUUUGCCAAGCCUCUCGGCCUGUCAGGUGGAUUUGACAAAAUGGAAAUGGAAAGGCCCUUGUACACAGUAAAAGGCUGUUCUCACAAGAGAACACAAAGAUCAAACAAUAAUGAGGUACAAAACAAGGGGAGACUAGAGGGCACACGGGCAGGCCCAGGCAGCCCCUCAGCAGGUGAGCUCUGUUAGUCUCCGCCCGAUUCAAAGUGCCUGAAAUCCCACUGCUGGGCCCCUUUUGCAUGGCACCCUGAAGGUUGCACUUCUAACACCCUUGUGUGUAGGCACCCCAGACCUCUUUUCUCUGUCUUCAGGUGUCCCAGGUACUGUGUUCCUCACUCAGGAUCCCUGACUGAGCCUUUGAAAUGGGCCAGGCCUCAGCUCCCUCCUGUUCCCUGUACCCCAAGGUAGGCCACAUUCCCUGGGACUAGUCACCUGCCUUGCAAGAGGGUUUGGGGCAGUUUUUAAUAAAGGUGAUCUCGUGUCAGGC